GUCAGGUCGUCAGGUUAUUAAAAUUGUAAUUGAGUCGGACUCGGACUGAGGAUUGUAGCUUCAGUGGGGUUAAGUACACUAUUUUUGAUAUAAAAGAUAGUAAAAUAUGACUUCAACUGUAGUAAAAUAUGUUGGGAGGACAACUAAUUUUCAAGGCAAAACUUUAUGGGAGAUUGUUGGUAGCCUCAAAGGACUAGGUGUUGGUAGAUACAUCGUGAGAUCAGUUUUCGAGCGCUAUCCCGAGUCCAGUUUUAUGAAAAUUGUUAAAGUAGAAACUUGCCCUGAUGAGGAACGCCGUAGAGUAAGAGUCUGGGUGGAGAAAACGUUUAGAGGAAAGAAAUUAGACAAGCUGACAGAAAUAUAUAGAACUUCAUACAAACCUGACUAUAAACUUAUUCCGAAGAAUGAAGAGGCUAAACUGCUGGCUGCAUUAGAAGCUGUGAAUAAGCAACCAGAAGUGAUUCUCCCCAAUACUAUUGAGAUGCCGCCCUUGAUGAAGAAGUUUAUUGUCAAGGACCAUGAGAAAAAGGGCCUUGAGGUCAUGAAAGAGUUCACAAUGCCACUCAGCUACAACCAUACUCCCAACAGAAUCGCGAGGAUCGCCAAACCAGGCGAGAAACCAACAGUGCAGUUUUCCAUGGGCCUCGGCCAGCCCGCUAGCCACUCACUCUACAAGGGGGUACCUCUUAACACACACUAGAACUAUUGAGUUCAAAUGUAGAUAUGUACAUUUAUAGGUUUUAAUAAAAUGCUUAGAUAUCA